GAUGGUACUUGUUAUGCUGAAAUGAGAGCUCGAGGGCUUUCUCCACACACACAUCUUUCAGGGGAAUGCGUGGGCGUGGUUUGGAGCGAGCGUUCGCGUGUCACUCAAGUCAACUCAGCUGCUGGCACGCGCCCCCGGUGACGUGAAGCUGAGCGCACGCAGCGAACGUUUUUUAAACGGUCCGCUGCUGUCCUGCAGCGUUGCGCGCACACACACGCCGCUCCUUUUACAAACAAAAAAGCUUUUUUUUUUUUCUUUUUUUUUUUUGUUAAAAAUGUUUCUUGUGCCGCAGACACGCAACAUUUGCCUCGGCUGAACCCGACAUGUAGUUCAGCCUGCCCGCUUGCCUGCCUGCGCGCGCGCUAAACGGAGCUCCGUGGGGGAUUAUUUCGCUUCAUCCUGCGGUUUGGGAGCAACAGAGCGCGCGGCUUGCUGUGUCUGCUGUGCGGAGAUCCGGUGACCGCCGGGGCGGACAGGCCACCAUGCUCCGGCCGUGGGCUGCUCACUGGAUCGCAGCUGUGCUCCUGUGCGGGGCGGUGGCACAAUACUCCAGCGACCAGUGUAACUGGCGGGGAAGUGGUCUGAGCCAUGAGUCCCAUCGCAGAGAUGUGGAGCAGGUCUACCUACGCUGCUCGCAGGGCUCUCUGGAGUGGCUCUACCCCACAGGAGCCAUCAUUGUAAACAUGCGGCCAAACACAGAGCCCUCAUCAGGACACAUGGCAGGUCUCCAUGUGUGCAUCAAACCCUACACUUAUUCCCAGGGUUCUCAUGUGUAUCUGGAGCGUGCCGGGGAUCUGACGCUGCUGUUGGCAGAGAAGGAUCACGCCCAGGGCACAGUGCACUGUUUCAGCCUGGCAGAGGGAGCUCUCUUUGUGGAGGCCGUCCCUCAGACAGACAUCAGCCGGAGGAUCACAGCUUUCCAGUACGAGCUGGUGCCCAGCCAGGGGCCCGGAGCACACAUGUACCCGUACCUGCACUCUGGUUCAGUCACCUGUAAACCCUGUUCAGACGAGGAGGUCCUCAUGGCUGUGUGUACCAGUGACUUUGCCGGCAGUGGCAUCUUUCAAGGAGUGACAUCAGGUACAAACGACCACGCCCCCGUUGUGGUGACACUGAGUCGGCUGUUCCGACAGAAGAGCAGGGUGUUUGCAUGGAGCGGAGCCAGAGGGCGGCGUUGGAGUGGACGCAUCAAUGUUCCCUCGCAGUGUGGAGUGCAUCCCGGAGGGGAUGAGUACCUUUUGACUGGCUCUGUCCAUUUUGGAGGAGCCUGGCUUGGCUGCGCACCUCGUUACAAGGACUUCCUGAAGCUGUAUGUCAGAGCACAGAAAGCAGGAACAAACCCCUGUCAAAUAGACACAAACUGAGAGAUGUCCUCAGGGUUCUGGGUAAAACAUGGUGGAGUGCUUCAAUAAAAAAAGAAGCAGGAAGAUGCAAAAGAGGAACAGAGAGAUAAACAAACUGAAAACCUUCUGGCAGUCUUUUCAAAGCUACUUCUGCAGGAUGUUUUCAGUGCAACUUUGCCUGGCAGCAGCAAAGACGAUCGGGACAGUUUGAACAUUUUAGUAGCCAAAUGUGCUGCCUAAACUAAAAUGUGCACAUUUUGGCUGUACAUGUAAGCUGUGUGUGUGUAAGUGUGUUUGUGCACAAGUGAGACAGCAAAUGGAUGAAUGAUGAGCUUAAAUUAAUUUUGGUUAAUGUUUUUUGUUGACGAUAUGGCUUGUGUGAUCAUUCUCGAAAUGAAAGUUUGCUUUGUAAAAAGCUUUCUGUAAAAUUUAGGAGUCUUCUGACAGAAGUGAACAGUAUGCAGCUCUGUGAGUCUUUAUGUACUUAGUGUGUGUGUGUUUUGCUAAUGAGUUCAAAGGGUCUAUAUAUUUGCAGAAAAUAAAAAAAAGCCAUCCUAUA